AAAUCCUAACCUCAAAUAAUUCCACUUAACCUAAAAUGAAUAUCGGAAAUUUUUUAAUAAAACUCCAAAAAGGCUCUAUAUUAAGUAACUUAUCAAGAAAUUAUGCAUUUAAAAGUAACCUAAAAAUAAAAUGGGUCCGACCAGAAAAAGUGUUAUGUUAUAAACCAGAAAAGAGUGGUGAUUUAGAGCAAAUAUCUAACAUUGAUUUAACAAAGACGCAGAAGAAUUUUAGAAAUUGCAAAGAACUCGAAGAUGCUGACCCCAUAGUAAAGCGAUUAUUCACUUUAAAAUUUGCACCCCACUCAGAAACUGUUUCUGUUUACAUUGAUGAGAUGAAGGGUCGCGUAAAAAGACAUGAUUAUGAUUCGGGCUCGAUAGAAUCGAAAAUCGCGCGAUGGACUGGAGGUAUAAGAGCAAUGCAAGAAGUCAUGGAAAAUCAUCCCAGAAAUAAACGAGUUAAAGUGAAUUUGAAGGAACUAAUUGAUAAAAGAAAAAAGCAUUUAAAAUAUUUGAGACGAUGGGAUUAUAAAAAGUUUGAGUGGUUAUUGGAGAGUCUUAACAUCGUUUAUAAACCUCCUCCAACCGAAUCCCGUUGGGUUACUAGAAAAGAAUCAUUGACUAAACUAACAGAUAUAUAUUGCAAGGAUGUUGUACAGGAUAAACUUAAUGAAUACAAGGCUAUUCUACAAAUUGAGCAACCUUCAUUUUUGGAGGAGAAAAUUCGCACAUUGGAAUUUAUUAAGAAUGAACAGGAAGAGUGUGGGGCUAAAGUUACGGUUAGUCAGGAUGAAAUUGAUGCAGUUAAGAAGCAGUUGGAGGAAUUAAAAUUAAAAAAUGUUAAAGAAGAUAAAGAUGAUUAAUUUAGAAUAAAUUGUAUUAUUUAAAUAUUA